AUUGGGGGAAUUCUAAUUCCUCAAGACAAAAACCCACCAUGGAAUCUAUGCUGUUUCUUGGUAAUGGACCCCCAGUUCCUAGGCUUGCACGCAUCCCUUCUUCUCUGAGCAGUAAACGGGGGACUAAGCUUCAUUUCAGUCUAAAGCAGACUUGUGCUUAUUCACUUACCAGUGUCAAUGCAUGCCGGCCACCGAUCAGGCACGAUUUCUACCCUGUGAUUCGUGCUCUAGACGACGGGUCGUCCAGACCAUCAAGAAACAACAGGUAUGAAAACAAAAUUAGACGAACCGCCGUGGGUGCAUCAGUAGCAUUGUCUUGUGUACUGGGUAUCAUCGGUGCUUGCUUUAAAAUGAACCCUAAAGCAGUUGCAGGGCCUAGAGAAUUGUAUCAGAAAGCUCCGCAAGUAGUAGUAGCUUAUCCAUUAGGUGGAAGGUCUGCACUAAAAUCGCUAUUGGACGUGAAUGUUUACCUGUCUUCAAAAUUAGAUCCCCCUGGAACUCUUUCCAGGCUUCCUUUGAGACCUUCAGCUGAAGAGGUUAAUGGUAUUAAGAUGGAGGCAAUACGGCUAAUGAAAUAUGGGAAACCAGAAGAUGCUGUGUUCUUUCUGAGAAAUGCAUAUAAUAACUAUAAAUACGAUCCUGAGCCUGCAUACAAUGUGGAUAUGGCAUUAGUAGAAAUUCUCAUUUGUCAGGGAAAAUACAUGGAAGCCUUAGAGUGUAACUGUCUCAAGGAUGACCAACGUAUCCCUUCAGAUGGUCGGUUUCCUCUUUACAAGGCAAUCAUAUAUACAAUGUUGGGUGAGAAGGAGGAAGCCAGGAAAUGGUGGGAAGAGUAUGUGGAAACUGUUGAAGGAGAAUUUGACCCUACAAGCUUUUAGAAUUAAUGUAAUUAUGCAAAUAUUUCAAUUCCAAACUUUACAAUGAAAUUUUUAUCAUUAAUUUAGAAACCGAGCCCAAUUGUUAAACAACCCAACAAACACAUGAUGAGCAUUGUGGCCUCGAGAUCGAAUGCCUUGGGUUGAUAAUACUAAAUCCCAACUACGGGCCGAUUUGUAAAUAGGCCUGAAAUAAUUCUAUAUAC